CGUUCUCUUUGUUUCUAUGAGGCUCUUCACUAUCUUGGUUCUUCGUUCAGAUUUACUUUGAUCAGUUUUUGAACAGUGAGUUGUCCAAGGAAGGGCAAUUGAUUUUUAAGGAAUCAAGGCAGAACAAUUUUUUCAGGAUCAAUAUUAUUGGGCUCGUAAAGCAAGGUCGGUCAAUGGUCUAGCCAGACUCAGCUCAGACCCAACCCGGUGCCUAACGCCCUUUCCCUGUUGCGGACUUUCUCUCAGUUUUGAUUUAGACUUGGCAAUAUUCCAGUUAGAAGCAGGGACAGAGCCAGGAUUUCAUAUUAGGAGGUGAAACAAAGAUGAGGGUUGCGGUGAUUGGUGGGGGAGUGAGUGGCCUGGUUUCAGCUUAUAUCUUGGCCAAGGCCGGAGUUCACGUGGUUCUCUAUGAAAAAGAAGCUCACUUGGGUGGCCAUGCUCAGACCGUCCAUGUCAAUGGUGUCGAUUUGGACCUUGGAUUUAUGGUGUUCAAUGGAGUCACAUAUCCCAAUAUGAUGGAGCUUUUCGAAAACCUUGGAGUUAAUGUGCAAAGAAGCGACAUGUCCUUCUCAGUGAGUUUGGAUGAAGGUAGGACAUGUGAGUGGGGGAGUAGGAAUGGGCUGUCCAGCCUUUUUGCCCAGAAGAAAAAUGCCUUUAGACCUUCCUUCUAUCGAAUGCUCCGAGAGAUAAUCAAAUUCAAACGCGACGUCUUGAGGUACCUUGAGCAACAUGAGAACAACCUUGACCUCGAUCGUAGUGAGACACUUGGACAGUUCAUCAAAUCACUGGGUUACUCUGAUGCAUUUCGGGACCAUUAUUUUAUCCCGAUGUGUUCCUCAGUUUGGUCGUGCUCCUCUGAACAAAUGCUCAACUGCUCUGCUUACUGUGUGCUCUCAUUCUGCCGAAACCAUCAUGCUCUUCAGCUAUUUGGGCGGCCACAAUGGUUCACCGUGAAGGAUUGCUCACAUGCAUAUAUUAAUAAGAUAAGAGUUGAAUUGGAGAAAUGGAGUUGUGAGAUAAGAACAGGUUGUGCUGUGAAAUCUAUUUUGACAGCUCCUGGAGGAUGCUCCAUAAUGACUGAAACUGAUACCAGUGAUACCUAUGAUGGAUGCAUAAUGGCCGCCCAUGCUCCUGAUGCUCUAAAAAUACUUGGACAAGAUGCUACUUUUGAUGAGACCAGAGUUCUUGGUGCUUUUCAAUAUGUCGACAGUGAUAUAUACCUUCAUCAUGAUGAUAGCUUAAUGCCCAAAAAUCCAACAGCCUGGGCAGCCUGGAAUUUUCUUGGGGUAAAAGGCAAAAGAAUUUGCUUGACUUAUUGGCUCAAUGUGGUUCAGAGUUUGGAGACAGAUGUUCCUUUUUGUCACCUUAAAUCCAUUUCAUUUGCCUAAAAAUGAAGUUAUGAAAUGGUCAACAAGUCAUCC